AUGGUGGGUUCCCUCCUCGAGAAAUACGAUGCCGGCGGAUCUGGCAGUAUCAUUGCCGAAGAGCUGCCUCGCCUCUCCAAAGUCGCCGUAGGCUCUCUUAAUUCGUGCUGGGUCAAGAUACUUGGCCUGUUGUCCAACUCAGAAAGGAAUAUCCAGAGUGUAGUCAUGGUUUCCUGCGAUGACAAGCUUGAGGGAUAUGAGCAUGAAAUUGAAAUUUAA